AUCAUCUCGUGCUUGACAGUUCCCAGUUUCAACUUGGUAUCGGUCUUUGAUGGAAGCACCCUUCAAGUUCCUCUGCAGAGCUUUUCCUCUCUGUUCGACCUACUCCUGGUCGGUUGCUGUCUAUACUCUUCGAGGCUCCAAUUGCUCUACCUGACCCUUCCACUUGCGGACAGUAUGGCGUCGAAAGUGUUGCAGACAAACUACGACGUGGACUAUGUCAUCAGUUACCGGGUGCCAGAAGAUGACAAGCAGGCGGCCACGGCUCAGUUCAAGAAGCUCAUUCGCGCCCUCGCCGAGACGGGAUUGACUACAGAAGUCCGCCGAGGCGAUGAAACAUCCCUAUUGAUAUUUAUAAAAGUUUCCGAUGAGAAGAUCUUUGCGAAUGUGGUGUACAGGUCGCGUAUCAAAGACUGGCUAUACGGCGUCCGACAUGUCCAGCCUCCCAAUGAUCCCGCCAAAGUCCUCAGCUCGGAACCCUUGACCGAUGCCGAACGACACAGACACAUUUACCACAUGAUAUCUGCUCCACGAGAGGAAGGAGGAGCCGGAAUCACCGCGAAGCUUGGUGAAUGGAAGAAUGUGGAGGCUAUAUUCCCCUUGCACGAUCAUGUGCAGAAUAAGAAGUGGUUGACGGAGUUCACUCGCAAGACCUUUUUGAACCCAGAGGACAUUGACGAAAUCAAAGACACAGUCGGGGAGAAGAUUGGAUAUUACUACGCCUUCCUUCAGACCUACUUUACCUUCUUGGUAUUUCCUGCAGCAUUUGGGUUUUCCUGCUGGGUGUUGCUGGGAAAUUUCUCGGCCACAUACGCCGUGGUCAAUGGGCUGUGGUGUAUUGUGUUUGUUGAGUAUUGGAAGCGCCAGGAGCAAGAACUGGCUAUCCGAUGGGGUGUCAAGAAUGUUUCCACCAUCGAGGCCAGGCGGAGGGAAUUCGUGCCCGAGAAAGUCACCACAGACCCAGUGACAGGGGAAAAGGUGGAAUAUUUCCCGGCAAAGAAGCGGAUUCUAAGGCAACUACUUCAGAUCCCACUGGCAAUCCUCUGCGUGGUGGCUCUUGGGACGGUCAUUUGCACCUGCUACGCGAUCGAAAUCUUCAUCUCAGAAGUGUAUGGAGGUCCGCUCAAGUCGAUCCUCGUGUUCACACCGACCAUAAUCCUCACGCUGGCAGUUCCGGCCAUCAGCAACUAUCUGACCCAGUUUGCCGAAAAGCUGACGUUCUAUGAGAACUACGAAACCCAGGAAGCACACGACAGGGCCGUGAUCUCUAAAGUCUUUGUCAUCAACUUCAUCACUUCAUACCUGGCAAUCUUCCUGACCUCGUUUGUGUAUGUGCCAUUCGCCUCGAUCCUAGUACCGUACCUGGAUAUCUUCAGCCUGACGGUGCGGCCAUUCGCGGAGAACGAGCACCAGUUGCAGACACCCCCGCCGGCUGCGUUCACCAUCAACCCCAAUCGACUGAGAAAUCAAAUGAUCUACUUCGCCGUGACUGCCCAGAUUGUCAACUUUGCUUUGGAGACCGUGAUGCCUGUCAUCACUCAAAAAGGGACCAAGAAAUAUAAGGAGAUGCAAUCCUCUCGAGCUGAAAAGGCUGGCGGAACAACACCGUCGGUGUCGGCCAACGACCCUCCUGAGGAGAAGGAGUUCCUCGCCCGAGUGCGCGAAGAGGCUGCACUGCCUGAAUACGAUGUCACAUCGGAUCUGCGGGAGAUGUGCAUCCAAUAUGGGUAUUUGUCCAUGUUCUCGGUCAUCUGGCCCCUAACACCGGUGUCUUACUUUAUCAACAACUGGGUCGAGCUGCGCGGCGACACAUUCAAGUUGACAGUCGAGUGCCGACGUCCGAACCCUGUGCGAGCCGACAGUAUCGGACCGUGGCUUGACAGCCUUGAAUUUCUGGCAUGGCUCGGCAGCAUCACCACCGCCGCCUUGGUGUACAUGUUCAGUGGUGGCAAUGGACCCGACGGCAAGCCACAUGCUCUCAAACUCUGGGCUCUCCUCCUAAGCGUCUUUCUUAGCGAGCACACUUUCCUCGUCGUCCGGCUUCUGAUACGCUCAGCAAUCAGCAAGCUCGACAGCAAGGCCAUGCGCAAGGAGCGCAGCGAACGGUUCAUGGUGCGCAAGAAGUUUUUGGAAGAAGCCGGCCUCGCGGACGCCAUCAAGCCGCUCACUUCGGCGCCCAACAGCGUGUUGCACGAUGAGUCUGGGUCUCAAGCAUUCUCUGAGAAGAUCACUCGCGAGAGUCUUGAGGAGGAUGCCCGACGCGACAGUCUGUCGUCGACUACCCCGACCGAUCGUUUCUGGAAUCAUCAGCGCAGCUGGGCUGAGACCGAGAAGGUCGGCGUUGCUCUGAUCGAUUUGAUGGACGUGAAGUCGGCCAAGACGAAGAAGGAGCUGUAAAUCCCAACUGUGGAAGUGUGACUGCCGAUGGAAGUGUGACGAGACUGGCGCCGAGUAGCUUUUGCUCACUUUGGACCAACUGAACAGCUACAGCAUAAUGAAGGGUGUGGAGCUAGGCCCGGUCCAAAAUGUUCCGAAAUACUUGCCACCCCAUGCUAUCAGUCUAAGUAAUGUUUGGAGAGUGUCGUUGUCUGCUGGCACGCUGAUCAUGGACAAAACAAGCUUACGGUGUUGUAUGUGAUAGAUAUAGUACUACUUAGGUAGCAAUCAAUCAUGGAGAAAAGGCGAAAAUAUUCCAGUUCCCUCCAGUAUAUCAAUUCGUCAGUAGACGCUUGAUG